AUGGUAACAGAGCAAAUCAGAAUUACGAAACGUGUAGGUAGUAACCCUGAAUAUACUGACAAUGGUAAUAAGCCACUGCCGAUAACAUCUGUUGAAGCUCAGAAUGCAGUACACAUGGUGACACCAGAACGUAUCUCCAAAAUGUUGGAGACUAGAGGCCCUCUAGCAAUAAGAUUUAUCACGCAAAGUUUAUCGGAAGAGAUCCCAUAUUUUAAGAACUUGAGUACUUCUAAACAAAGACGUUUGAUUAUGAAUGUAAUGGAGACGGGUUAUGAAGAACAAUCUUUAAUAUUCGAAAAAAUUGGAUGGGGGCUGUGGACAGUAAGAAAAGUUUCUCCUGAGACAUUCAAACAAGAACGUGAUGUGACCAAUAAAUUGAAUGCAAAAGUUAGAGAUAAUAGUAAUAACCCUAAUGCGCCAGAGAUUAAGAGAAGAUUAAGUAGCAAUACUAAUACAAGAAAGAAAUCUUUAGUGGAAAGUAUGAGUGCGCCAUUGUCUCCAAGAUUGAGAGCUCAAGGCGAAUUACCAAAUGGAGCAAGAUCUGUGGUGUAUAUAGAUGAAAAUGUUUUACAAACAGACGAAGAAGAUAAUGAUGUCUUUAGUGAGGAAGAUGAUGAAGGACAUGGAACGCAUAACCAUAAUAAUAAUGGUAAUAAUAGCAAUGGUAAUAAAAUUAAAAAUGAACACGAAGAUUUUGUGCGUGAAAUGAUCAAACCUAAUGGUGCAUUCAAUUUUAGUAGACGUAAAUCUAGUGUAGUAUAUGAUGAUACUAUGCCUGAAGCAUUAGAACAAGAAAUGUUAGCACAAAAGAUUAGACCACUAUUAAAGAAUAAAAGUCGUAGAUCUAGUUCAAAGGGUCGCCCUGUACAUAUCUUUAACAUGGGUAAUAAUAGCAACAACAACAACAACAACAAUAACAACAACAGCAAUAAUAAUAAUAAUAAUAGUAAUAAUAAUAGUGUCAUUGGUUCACCAUUAAGUGGGAAACAUAUAUUAGAUAAUGAGAAUAUCCCACCUUUACCAAGGAUCUUAUAUACAGGCGAAGAUUCUAACGUAAGUCCAAAUAAUAAUUUCCCAUUACGUAAGGGUUCAAUCUCAGGAUUAGGUAAUGACUUGAAACCAGGUCGUAACUCCUUUAGUGAAGAUGUAUCACGUAGAUCAUCUUCCCGACUCUCUGUCUCUAAGGAAUCUGGUAUCAGAUCUACAUUAUUCCAUACAGUUAAUGAUAUUUCAGCACAAGGUUCUAACAAUUCUGCUACAUCAUUAGGGACCCGCUCUCAAAUGGGAGCAUUCCAAUCCCCUGGUCUUCCAAUCAUCGAACAAAGAGACCAAAUCAUUGCUAUAGCUAAUAAUAAUAAUAUUAAUAAUAAUAAUAACAACAAGAAAAAUAUCAGUGAUACCAAUAUACCAUUGACAAACAAUAAUAUUGUCGAGUCCCCCCAUUCAGAGACAGAUGAAGAGGACUGGGCAAACAUCGGUGCCGAGUCCCUAAGGACAAUGAGCAACGAUAUCAGUCCCAUCAGUACAAACAAACAGGUAACUCAUACGAACCAUACAGGCGAUGCGGAUGAUGCCGCUAGAGUCUUGCUCAGUCUCAAGUAA